AUGCCUAUGCGCUUGAGAGCUGAAAAGCGUAUGAGAAAGUUGCUUCUCGAGCAGCUUAAGGAGCGUCAGCAACAUGGUGCCAGGAUUGCUCAGGGUCAUAAAUCUAAAGACGAUUUAAUAAAGUUAAAUUUGGGACCUCAAGUGUUUGUCUUUAAAAAUUUAUUCAGUGGUCAAAUAUUGUAUUCGCAAGUGCCUGCUUAUCAUCAGGACCAGAUUGAUGCACAGUUUCUCAAUCCGAAUUGGCAAAAUAGAAAGCCUUCUAGAAGACAGGAUUUAUGGAAGAUUAUGUGUGUUGCCAACUUUGACAAUUACGAAUAUGCAACCGCAGCUUACCAAGCUUUACUAGAUCUUAGAAAAGCUAGAGAUAUAUCUCAAAAGAAAAAAUCAAACGAAUUAAGGAAGAAGAACGAUGACGGCAAUGUGUGGUUUUCAGGACAAUACAGACCAACAUAUUCACAAGAGGCAGUAGCUGAUUUGGCUCAUGUUAUUGAUGAAUUUGAAUUGGAAAAAACAAGAUUGUUUUGGGAAAAUGAGUGGAGAAGAGGGGAAGAUAAACAUUGGAGAGCAGACUUGGUUGAACAUGAUAAAUUACCUGUAUUUAACCUCAAACAUCAGACUGUAUUGUUGGACGUCAUGAGAGCAAAGGCAGUUGAAGCUUUCGCCCAGGAAAGGGCGAAACCAGAAAGUCAAGAAAAUCAACACGGCCCAGAUGCAGUAUUUGCUUAA